AUGGUAUUGUGGCCAGUAGCGCGUCUAACUGACCGUAUGCUGUACGAUACAAUGAGGGAUCUCGAUCGGUUCGAGAGAAGCAUCUUCCCAUAUUGGAGAGAUGCUGACCAUACAAAAUCUGAAUUGCAGAUGGUAGACGACGACAAGAAGUUUGCUGUCUCCCUGGAUGUGUCCCAGUUCCGUCCAGAGGAGUUGAACGUGCAUUUGGAAGGGCGUGAGUUGACCAUCGAAGGCAAGCAGGAGCACAAAACGGGGAACAGCGCCAUACACAGAUCGUUCACUCGCAGAUGGCUACUUCCCGAAAAUGUCGAUCUGGAAGCUAUUCGUACUCAGCUUGAUGACAAGGGCCAUUUGUCGGUGGAGGCGCCGAAGAGUAUCGAGGGCCACAAGCAGAAGAGAACUAUUCCUAUCAUGGCCGAAUCAACAGUAGAAUCAUGCCUAUAA